AUGAUAUCGAAAGUAAAUAAAGAUACUGACACUGUAAAUAUUAGAACGUAUAGCGUUUCUAACAGUGUGAGUACAUCACGAAAUAAUUCGAGCGUCAAUAUAUCAAGCAAUGAUCAUGCAGAAUUAGUAUCAUUACCAAAUGAAUCCACUCACGCUUAUACUUAUAAUCCUUUAUCUCCAAAUUCUUUGACAGUAAGACUCAACAUUUUAAAAAGGUCAUUACAAGUUCUAAUCAAUAAUCCCGACAUGUUAGGAAUACCUAAAAAAAGGAAAAACGGCGAGCAUGCAUCAACGGCAAGUCGCUCCGAUAGUAACGUGAAUCACAAGAGAAAUUUUACUGAUACUCCAUUAAUUUCAAAUAAUCAUACUAAAACACAACAAAAUUUACAGCUAAAUACCCAUUCUGCUGCUAUUAAUGCAUUUGUCACUAAUUCCAGUAAUAGUACCAUCAUUUCUCGUUCCAAUAUGUUGAAAAGGCCUCAGCCAGUACAAAGAACCAUAUCAUUGAUGUUACUUCCGGAAAACCAUGAUAUUGAUCAAAGUGAUUUAGAGGAGGAGGACGAUGAUUUAUUCAAAAGACCCCGUGCUAGUUUUUACCUAAAUGAUCGGGAAAGCUCAUCCGCUGAAUUAAUUAAUGAGCAAAUAUCAUAUCUGCUGGAACUACUGGAUUUUUUAAAUCAAACUUUGGAUGAUGAUAACAGUAAUUCACCUCAAAAGGCCACUGAUUUACAUAAAUUGUCAUUGGUUAAUAUUAACAAAUUGUUUACAAACGUAAGAGAUGCAGAAUCAAAUCUUCAAAUGAAAAAAUCUCUAUUAAACAGUCUUGCUGAACCUUUUGUUCAGCUAAAUACCAACAACAAGAAUAAUCUAGAUGAAAUCAAUCCUCAUAGGAUUAUAAAUAAUUUCACAUCAUCCAAAAAUUCACCAGAAAAGGCAAUCUUUACGUGUUCACAAGAUUAUCCAUGGCAUUUCAAAUCAGCCAAUGAUCUGACUUGCUUGAAUUUCAACAUCAGCAGGAAGACAUUGAAAAUUUUAACAUUAUUGGAUUUAAUUCAUCCAGAUUCAAGGGAUUUUAUAAUUUCAAAAUUAACUUCAAUAUAUGACAAAGGUAACAAAAAUAACGACCUUAUUUUUGCUGGAGAAAUUGUACCAAUUAUUAAUGGCAAUAGUCUUCAUUCAUGGGCAUCAUUGUGGAUCAAGAAAAGGAAUGAUUUACUUGUUUGUGUCUUCGAAAAAGUUCCCUGUGAUUUCAUGGACAUUGUAUUAAAGUUAAACGAAGAGGACAGUUUGAUGAUUGAUAAGGUCACAGACGUUUCAAAUUUAUUAUCGCUAAACGGCGAGUUUGAAUCAGAGGGUGAAAAGAAAGAAUUAGAUAUUGCAUGCAUAAGUAAAUCAUUAAACUGUUUGAUAACAGACUCCAAUCCCAGUGACAUAACGAAUAUUUCAAGACAAAUCAACAAUACCAGAUAUUUCACGUUAAACUAUUCAAACUAUAAUAUUCCAUGUGCGAUUGCAUCAUCCAUAUUAAAUGACAAUAAUUUGAAGUUAAAAAUCCAUAGUUUGCCCUAUCAAGCAGGCUUAUUUCUUGUAGAUGCAUCAAAUUUCAAAUUAAUAAGUUUCAACAAAUCUAUUUCUAAAAAUUUAUUUGGUUAUCAUUCUGUGGAAUUGAUUAAUGAACCAAUAACGACAAUUAUCCCAAAUUUCAUCGAUAUGUUGAAGUUUAUUAAUGAAAACAAAAAGCAAUCAACAAGCCAAGUUGGACUCGUAUUAACGGAGCAUUAUUUUAGGAAAAUUCAAUCUGAAAUGAAUAACGACCCUGACGAAUUUUACACAUCCACCGGUAUCGAUGUGUUGCACAAAGAUGGUGCUACCAUUAAAAUAGAUAUUCAACUUCGAACAAUAAACACGAAUAUUAUAGCCUUAUGGUUAACACAUUCAAGGGACGUUUUAUUCAAUGACUACUCAAUAAUUCCUUCUCAAAUGCAAAAAAUUGAUUCUACCGAUAAGAUUGACGAACUACAAGAUUUAUUAGAUACGGUUACAAUAACCCCAAGCACACUGCCAACUUCUCAAUCAACAAUAAAAUCAAUAGUAGAUUAUGCUUCUACAACUCCCAGAACGGAAGAUACGAUUUGUGAAGAAAGGACCGCUACACAACAACCUAAUACGGAUGAAAUUGAUCCAAAAGUUAAAGCCAAGGUUGAACUGACAAAAUUGUACACAUCUGAUAAAUCAAAAUUUGUAACGUCUGAUAAUUUCAAAGUUGACGAAAAACUAAUUGCCGGCAUUACUAGUAACCCAUUAUCACAACCUGAGCCUCCAACACUUCCAAAUGGUAUAAACCCAUUCGGAAUUGAGCGUAGAACGAAGAGAAUGGCCGACUUCGUGGUUUUACAAAAAUUAGGUGACGGUGCCUAUGGUCAUGUUCACCUUUGUAUGAACAAGAAAACAAAGCAUUUAGUUAUCAUUAAAGCCAUUAUCAAGGAAAGAAUCCUCAUUGACACUUGGGUUCGUGACAGAGAAUUUGGUACCAUCCCUUCCGAAAUUUAUAUAAUGUCCAAAUUUAAUGCUCACCCACAUGACAACAUUACACAAAUAAUGGAUUUCUUUGAAGAUGAUGACUAUUAUUACAUUGAAUUAGAAUCACAUGGUGAAACUGGUUCAAUUGAUUUAUUCGAUUUAAUCGAAUUAAAGACAAAUAUGACAGAAUUUGAAGCCAAACUGAUUUUCAAACAAAUUGUUUCUGGUAUUAAAUACUUACACGACCAAGGUAUAGUGCACAGAGACAUCAAAGAUGAAAAUGUUAUUGUUGAUUCAAAUGGCUUUGUUAAAUUAAUCGAUUUCGGAUCAGCUGCAUACACCAAGACUGGACCGUUUGAAGUCUUUGUUGGUACAAUCGACUACGCUGCUCCCGAAAUAUUAGGUGGAAAUCCAUAUAAGGGAAAACCACAAGAUAUCUGGGCCCUCGGUGUUUUAUUAUACACAUUAAUUUACAAAGAGAACCCAUUUUAUAACGUAGAUGAAAUUUUAGAAGGGCAAUUGAGGUUCGAUGGAACUUGUAAUGUUACUCAAGACUGUAUUGAUCUAAUCAGGUGGAUUUUAACCAAAUCCGUUAAUGACAGACCUUCUAUAGACGAAAUUGUGAACUCCGAAUGGUUACAAAUUUAG